UUUGGGGCAUGCACCUCCUACUUUUCAGUUGUGUGCAUUUUAAGAAAUUAGUUAAGUACAAUAAUUUCCAUCCAAAUGCUUUUAUAAUUUAAGCAAGUAUGAUGAUUAUUUUAAAAGCAUAAUUGCUGAGUUUCUUCCAGAAUCUUCUCAGUCACAGAACAUAGAACGCUAAAGGUCACUUUAGCAGAAUAAUCGCGUAUAGAAACCAAUACAAUUGACGUUUUAAAAGUAUAUUUGUAAACUAAGCAAAUUUAAUGAAUAUUACAUUCUUAUAAAUAGAGACAAAUGCACAAUUUUUGAAUGGAUUUUAUUAGUAAUACAAAAUAAUCUGCUUAGGUUGAUGUUUUUGAUAAUAACUUCCUGAUUCUAAUGUAAAAAACACUAGAUAUGCGAUAGAUAUAAGUAUACUAUAAAAAAGAUUAUCCAUAAUUUUUACAUAAAAUAUAACAUCCGUAUAUAAUGAGUACAUAAAAAAAUAAAAACUUUUGAAACAGGUAUAUCAAUGGCAUAUGACUAUAUUACAAAACCAAAGAUUUAUGAAAAGUUGAACAUUCCUGAUGACAUUUCAAGUACAGUCAUUCCGACGAACACUAGUCCCUCUACAACGUCGACUACUUUUAGUUCUGUAAAAAAUACGACCAAUAGUUUUAGUCCAUCCGCAUUAACUUCAACAAGAAAAACAGUUACAUAUGACAGUGAUACAAGAUCAAAAAAUAACGAAAAGUUGGACAUUCCUGAUGACAUCCCAAGCACAGCCACACCGACGAAUACCGGUCCAUCGAUAACAGCUACCACUUUGAGUUCUGUAAAUAAUCCAGAAGAUAAACUCAGUGUACUUUUCGCGCGUAUUCCAACAAGACAAAAAGUAACAGCGUAUUGCUACAGAUGUGGUCUCAAUGAAUCCAGAAUUCCAUCGGCGCUUUGUCAUAAUAGUUUUGAAGGAAAAGGUGAUAUCACUAGUGGUAUUCCUAGGAGUCGAUUCAAAAUAAAGUGCAUUCGCCAUGAUGCAGCAAAGGAAGAAAACCGUAUAGCAUAUGGUCCAUCAUACCGGCCAGGCUGUUUCAAAAGGUAUCUGGACGUCGGCGUAGAAUAUAAUGAGCGGGGUUGUAGAACUAAGCGCCCAACUAAGGGAAAAAGUUUUGCCUCGAAACGUUUCGCGAGUAUGGAAUAUCUAUUGAAAAACGAAGAUGAUGCAUGUAUAGCAAGUCCGUAUGCAUCAUUAACACCAUUCAGUAGAGCCAUAUCGCUUUUUGCCCGAUACCAUGUAUGCGUAUGCAGUCGUAAAUACUGCAACAGUGCUAAAACUACCGGAUUGAAUAUCGCCGAAACUUUUAUUUUGUUGUUUUAUACAUUAUUAAAAUACAUUUUCUGUUAAUUACAUAUAUGUUCAUACAUUUAUAUUGUGUAUUGUAAAUUUAUUUUGA